AUGGACUCGGGUACAGGGUCGGGUCUAUGUAUCAUUCAAGAUAACUGUAUCAUCUCUACAUGGCGAAGAAGACUAGGUGUUGACAAUUCCAUCUUUCAGGCCGAACUCACGGCACUACAGAAAGCGAUUUACAUAGCGAGUCAGAUACGAUCGAAUGUCUUUAUUCAUAGUGACUCCAUGUCUAGCCUACUAGCCGUGGGUGGUAGGCCGAGUCGUCAUCCGAUCGUCAUCAAAUUACAAAAAAUGCUCCUUAACCUGAUGCCAUCAAUACGACCAAUACUCACUUGGGUGCCGGCACAUACUGGAAUAAAAGGUAAUGCAAUAGCCGACUCAUUAGCAAAGGAAGCAGCAACGAACACCAAUCUACCGGAACAAUAUCUUCCACUUCCAGGAUCUUAUGUUAAGCGCACUACAAUGUCACAACUACUUUCCAAAUGGCAAGACAGGUGGACUAUGUCCCCCACAGGACGCCGCACCUUUAAAUUUAUUCCCAAAGUCAACAUUAAUACAAUUUCCUCGUCUUCUGCAAUAACCACCUUUCUAACUGGCCAUGGGACAUUCCCAGAGUAUCUCCACCGGUUUGGACUACGGACCAAUGACCUCUGCACAUGUGGUCAGAGAGGUACCCCGGAUGACUAUGUUUUCUCUUGUCAAUUCACAUCUAAUCUGCAAUUUCAAAAACCAGUGGACAGAUAUCUACCGGAAUGGACAAAGCACCUAUUAUGUCAUGCUGGAAGCCAGAAGAAGCUUUUCCAGAUAAUCCAAUAUUGCAAAGAUCAUUAUGCAUAA